AUGCAAUUCUCUACCGUCGCUAUCGUCGCUGCCGCUGUCGCCUCCGUUUCUGCUUUGAACGUCACCACUGAGACCGAUGUCUCCUCCACUUUGGUUACCAUCACCUCUUGUGGCCCAGAGGUCACUAACUGUCCUUUGACCAAGGCCAACGUCUCCACUUGGGAGGGUGCUGCUAACAAGCAGUUCGCUGCUGGUGCCGUUGCUUUGGCUGCUGGUGCUUUGUUGGCUUUGUAA